AUGCUUCAUAGUGAAGACAACAACGGCGGCAAUCCGUUACGUUCUAUCGGUGUAGAUGAUGAUGUCUAUACGGGAGAGUUAAAAGAGGAUAUCAAGGACGUGGCAAGAGCCGUGUUGAAGGGUGAUAGGGAUAUCACCAAGCUCCGAUCGUUCUACUGGCCGCGGUUUUUGCGGACAGUAGUGGAAGCCUCGGACUGUGAGGGUAAUCGGAAACACUACCGCGCGUUGUCGUCCAAGCAUCAGCCUAAGAGUGGCGGUCUGCUGACCACACAGUUCAAGGGCAUGGACCCCAACGUUUGCAAUCCUCUGUCGAAGGCAUCAGAGAACCCAUGGAAUCAAGAGCAUAAGAAAACAGACAUUCUCAACGAGAUCUGGGUGGACGUUUCUCGCACUAACUAUAGUAAUAGGGAGUGGUUCAGUAUAGAGGACAAUCAGAGGAGUAUGCAGAGAAUACUAUAUGUGUGGUGUAAAGAGCGUAAUAAGGACUAUCGCCAAGGCAUGAGCGACAUCGCUACUGUAUUGUUGUACGGCCUAGUUGGUGAUGAUACCGACAACUGUAUUGGACGGCAUGGGCUGGCGGAUGGUGAAGCAGAUGCUUUCAUGUUGUUCGAUACAGUCAUGUCUGGCACUAUACAGCAUGCUGAGAUGUUCUAUUCGGAAUCGACAGGGAAUGGUAACACUCUGUUGCCGUCGCAAAGUCAACCGAAGUCGAAGAUUUUAAAGAGGUGUGAAUACGUGUUCGAUAAACUGUUGCCUCAAGCUGACGAGGACCUCAGUAACCACCUUCAUAACUCGGCUAAGAUUGCACCGUCCCUCUUCUUGAUGCGGUGGAUACGCCUCAUAUUUGCUCGAGAGAUGCACGUUGUAGAAGUCCUACGGCUAUGGGACUUCAUAUUCGCCGACUCCUACCUACAUUGGUCGGCGACUGGUGAGCUCUCGAUGCCCUUAGUAGACUUUAUGGCCGUCUCCAUGAUUCUACAAGUCAGAAGUACCCUUAUCAAUGGAGAUAAUACAGCGUGCUUGCAGCGCCUUAUGCGGUACCCACCGGUCGACUGCGUGGAGCCUCUGGUUGGUAGAGCUCUGCGAUUACGAGACGGCGAUGCUGCUCUUAGUCCCCGAAUAGUGUGUGAUGAUACCGUUGAAGAUGAUGAAAAGGUUCUGACGAUGACUAUGGAGGGAAAGAGUAAGCUCGCACCACAAUUGCAAGUGAGCCCCGAGGAGCCCCUUCAACGAGCACCUCAGAUUGACCCUCUUAUGGUUGGUUUCCCAUUGGAAACACGCUAUGAUGCCAUGAUCGUUGAUCAGGGCGAACACACAUCUCUGUCGUCUCUGUUCGGCACAGUGGUUCAUACAGCAGUGGGUGCAUUAUCAACAGCUAUUACGGAAGGUCGAGCUCUGCCGCAGUCGUAUGCUAAUAAGUCGAACACAGCAGAGCAGGCGGGUAGCCCGACCGUGGUGCCCCCCGAGCAAAUUCGAAUGCCUCGGGAUCUCGCUGACUCGUGGGAUGAUGAGACAGUUGCUGUUGAGCACGAUAAAGGCAGCGAUGAGGAACUAUCCAUAGAGUGUGAUCAGAAUCUGAUUGAACGAGUUAUGUGGCUAUAG